AUCCAAAGCUCGAGAUGGGUGACGGGUGGACACAUGGACACAUGACUGUGGUGUUUCACACUGCCAGGACACUUUCUGCACGGACCAGACCACAACAGGACGUAUGAAGUCAGAGACAGUUAUCAAAAAGGGAAAACUGAUAUGUUACCUUUCUUUCGUUGGAUUAUAAUGGAAAGCUGUGCGUUAAUUUAGAGAAGAUCAACAAAAUGGGUUCCAAAUCUCGCUAAGAUACCCAGUUGAGGCGGUACAUUUCUUAACAUGUAGUAGUUUUGGCACACUUGCCGCUGUUCCUCUUAAAAUGACUGAGAAGUGCGUGCACAGGUGAAGACACCACAGGUAAAGCAGCAUCAUGAUGCUGACGGAACACAUGCGCUGCUUAGUCUCUCCUGUUUAGGAUUCAGAAUCGCCAGAAACGUUAAUGGGACGUAUCAUAGACAACCCCUGUGGCCAAAAUGAGCGUCUAUUCUCACCUAUGGCGGAUUCUGAAGAUAUUCUUGGCAACGAUAAUCACGGCUGUCACACAAGAGCUGGACAGUCAGGAUAUCUCUGAUGCCACCAAAUCCUCCACCCCAUAUCCGUUGUUCCUUCCUGUAACUUACCAGGUAUGGGAUGCUGACUACUUUCUCUUAAAAGAGGCUGGACAGGACAUCAUGCGAAAUUCCAGCAUGCAGAGCCACACGCAGCCGUUUGUCAUGCUCCGAGCAGGACGUCUCCCAGUUAUCAACGCCAGCUAUGGCCCACUCUCUACCAAACGGGAGAUCCCCCUGGACUUAGUGCAGUCAGAGCAGUUAUUCCAGCCGUCACCACCAGUUUUCACCCUCAGUUGGAAAGUCCAAUCCUUUGUCCUGACCAGAUGGGUCUAUUCAUCUUCUCCCAAAGUGCGAGUCCUGUUUUACGUGGCUGGAAGAGACUGGGACAGAGGAGAGAAGGACAAAGAAAUGAAAGAUGAACUGCCUUGUGUGACUGUGUAUGCCUUCUGGCAGACUCAAGAGGUUCGGGGCUCCUGUGUCAUUGGAAAUGAGAAUGGGACCUGCAUGGCAGAGGUUGAUCCUCCUGAAGGUUGGUUCAGCCCAGUUGAAGGCAGUUCCAGUCGGGAAAGACAAGGGCCAACGCAGGGGAAUCCUGUGGAGCUGUAUUAUCAGGCCCGACCCAGCGCCUACGGCCCAUGCACAGCCAGUGGGGAGGAGGGCAAGAGGUGGGAUAUGGGUGAUGAAAAUGCUGGCCAGCCUCAAGCUGAGUACAUACCUGUGACCCCCAUACAGAGGAUCGGGAGUGUUCGGCUCCUGCAGGUCAAACAGGGGGCCAUGCCGGUGUCUGUGCUCAGACUGAGAGAGGCUGUGGUCAUCCAGACCUCCUCAAAACCACUUAAGAAGACUGAUAUUGCCUCUUUUUAUGUGUAUGUGAGGAGCUCAGCCAACCUGGAUACUUUCUCCCUCAGAGCCAUGGUAAAAAAGGGUGUGUGCUUCCGUACAGCCACACCUAGCAACACACUACUAUGGGACAUCACCCUAGACACAGGCCCAGACGGGAGUGUUGGAGUAAUCUGUCAGAGAAAGUCAACUACAAAUGUGAAAAGAUUAAGUAAACUCCAAGCAGUUAUUCAGAUGGAUUUUGAAGUGGAGGAUGUCAGCAAUCAAUCAGAGAUUCAGGUGAUUAAGUGGGAGUUGACGCUUCCUGAUGAAGUCAAAAUGAUAGGGGCGUCUGAAGGCACCAUGAGGAUCUACACCACUCAGAGAGACUUUGUAGGCCUGGCUCCUCUAGUUGUGGACACAGAGCUGUUGAACACUGCCGUGCUGACUGGUAAGAGGGUUACGGUGGGAGUACGAACCAUUGCUGUGGAACAGGAUGGUUCUGUAACAGAUGUCUCUGAAUUUGCUGACUGCAGCUCCACAGAUGAAGAUGUUCUUAAGGUGUCCGACAGAUGCAACUUUGUCUAUGUGAAUGGAAAAGAAACCCAAGGGCGACUGCGGAUGCUGGUGAACUUUACCUACAGUUACCUGAGUGCUCAGCUGGAGAUGCAGGUGUGGUUCCCUCGUCUGCCGCUGGAUAUAGAGGUGUCUGAUACAGAGCUGAGUCAAAUCAAGAGCUGGAGGAUCCCCAUCAUGUCCACCAAAAGCAAACCAGGCUGGAGCAGUGAGGAAGAUCGUAAGGGCCGGGGUUGUAUGCUGCAGUUCCAGCAUGCUCUGGUCCGAGUCCUCACACACUUUGUGGCAGAGCAGUCAGACCCUCGGGAACCACAGGCCUUCUUCCUGGGCUCUGAUUGGCAGGUGGAUGUGACCAGGCUGGUGCGGUACUUCCUGAAGGUGGAGGACACUAAUAUUGCCCGUCUGCAGGCAGGCAGGAUUCUGUCAGGACAAGAUGUGGGCACCACGUCUAUAAAGGUCCUUUCCCCAUUGUCAGACUCCAUCCUGGCAGAGAAGACGGUGAGGGUUGUGGAUGAUCGAGUGACCAUCACUGAAUUGGGCCUGCAGUUGGUCAGUGGUCUCACACUCAGCCUGCAGCUCAGUACAGGAAGUAACCGAGUCAUCAGCGCCACGGCAACCACACAGGAAGUGCUCAGCAAUCCUAAACAAGAGGCAGUGUUGAGCUCCUGGCUGCAAUUUAGCGAUGGCUCCCUCACCCCACUGGACAUUUAUGAUCCUACUCACUAUCGUCUGGCUGUGACAUCACUGGAUGAGGGUGUGAUCUCUGUGCAGGACUCACCUAUGACUAUAGUGGCAGAAGGUGAAGGCCAAGGAACACUGGUGAGAGCCGAGAUGACCAUUUGUGAGGUCUGUCAGAAAUCCAAGCGCAAAAGCACUUUAGCUGUAGGCACUGGGAGCUUAACGGUAAAGUUCCAGACAAACGGCAAACGUCCUGACAAUAGCAGCACCAACAAUAAUGACACGGGAAACAGCACAGGACUACUUGCUGGUGUCACUGGGAAAGACAACAGCAGUAAGCGUGGUGAUGAAGGAGAGGAGGCAGACUCUGAAAAGAAACUGCAGCAACCAGAACAGGUUUCAAGCAGAAAUUCAGAGUCUGAGCGAGAGGAAAGUGCCUUGAAGAUCACCACCACAGCCAAGUCGACAGCGCGAGACUCAGCUGUUGGCAGCAUUGCAAAUGAUUUAGGAAUGGGACGGGCUAACGAUGCCUCGGAUGGAGUCAGUAAACCUGGGAAUAUUUUAAAUAGUGGCAAUUUUUUUAGUACAGGAAAAGCUGGCAACGAUGGUCGCACAGGAAUUUCCUGGAGUAGCAAUGAGGUUCCUGAGGGUUCAGUGUUGAGCACUGGGAAAGCUUCUGGGAACUUAGUGAACUACAAUAACUACCCUCCCCAAGUGGAAAUCCCCAAUCAGAAGCCAAAAAAUGACUAUGGAGACGACGAUGAUGACAUUGAGGGACCAUUACCAAACCGGCCACUUACAGACCUGGAGAUCGGGAUGUAUGCAUUACUGGGAGUCUUCUGCUUGGCUAUCAUAGUAUUUAUGGUAAAUUGUGUAUCAUACUUGGUUAAAUUUAGGCAUAAGCAGACGCCUGGUCAAGUUUCUGAGCAGACUGGUCACCGGCAUGAUUGGAUAUGGCUGGGAACAGAUGCUGAGCUGGUUAUGAACGUCACUGGAAGCCCGUUACAGCAGGAUGCUCAUAAUACAUCUGUGAUCGACAUUGGACCCAAUACAGAGCCUUGUGGUACUCUCACCCAAAGGACCUCUUGCCAGGUGUCUUCUGUAUCAAACGACUCUAAUGUUUUGUGUGUAGGUUCCCCUACAGCAAAACCAGUCCGAAGUGAAUCCCUACACUCACCCACUAGUAAGAGGAAAAGGGUCCAGUUCACCACCUUCACAUCCUUGGAUCGGCAAACUCCUCCCAAAAUUUUACCACAAGAGAAUGGACAUGGAAUUAACUGGGUGGGAAAGGAGGACAGCUGUAUGACACCUGUGGUGUGGUGACAGCUGCUGAGUCUUUGCAACAGCUUUGAUUGUUGGCUCACAUGCAGCCUAAUUUAUGCACCCAUAAUGUAUAUCUCUAUACCAGGGCUGGGCAACUCUGGUCCACUGUCCUGCAGAGUUUAGCACCAACCUAUGGUCACCUGAAUGCCUUUUUUCUUUGGAAAAGUCGUACUGUUGGUCUGUUCUACACAGGAUUAUGAUCAGUACAGUUCCAUUGCUUUCAUAAGGUGUGACAGGUGUGACAUUUUCUUUGUGACUAGACUUUGUGAAAGAUUGAUUCUGCCUUGAUUACUAAUCAUGAUGAUAAAAAGG